UCCACUGAGCCUUGGGAAGCAACACCAACACAGGGCAUAGAGAGAGCCAGCAGGACAGUAGUGGGGAGCUCCUGGUGAUCUGGGCACUUUCUCCUUCAUGUCACUGACCUGGCAGGAGCCGCUUUAAGACAUGGAUCCCAAAGGAGCAAUAGGUACCAGGAAGUGCCGCUGAUCUGCACAGACCCCUUUGCCUGCUGCUGCCCCACAGGGAACAGGGAGCUGCUGAAGAAGCUGUGUGGUCCAUCCCUGGAUUCUCCAAGCACUGACUCCCCAUCCACUCUGACCACAGCCAGGGCCACAUCCCACCGCAUGCUCAGCGUCCAUCCAUGGAGGUGACCACCGUGUCCCCAUCUCCCGCCUCACCCACUGAAGGAGAUGAUCUCUGUGAGACAGAUGUCACCAGCAUGGCCAUACACAGUGUGACACUGCUCAUCUGCCUCUGUGGGCUGGCCGGGAAUGGGGCUGUUCUCUGGCUCCUUGGCUCCCGCUGUUCAUCCAGGAACAGCACCACCGGUUACAUCCUCAUGCUGACUUUUUUGGAUUUCCUCUUUCUCCUCUUUCUGUUGCCCUCUGCUCUGCUCUUCCUGCUGGAGGACGUGUCCUGCUCUAUCAUCCUGCCCUUGCGGUACUUGGGGUUGCUUUUCCAGAUGUUACCGAUGUCAUACAGCAUAUGGCUGUACACAUUGACAUUCAUCAGCAUCACAAGGUGCAGGUCCAUCCACUGCCCGCUCUGGCACUGCUGCCACCGUCCCCAGCACCUGUCAUGGGUGGUGCAUGCCCUGCUUUGGGCCUUCUUCAUCACUCUCGUCAUUGUCAUUCCCACAAUGUUUUCUCUGUGUGCUUCCCAGGUAUCUGAGCACUGCCGGUUUUCUCUUAUCUCCAUGUACACCUUCAACCUUCUCCUCUGUGCUCCCUCCAUGCUCAUUUCCAGCACAAUCCUCUUCAUUAAGGUCAAGCCUGCCUCCCAUCAGCAGCAACAUAAGAGGCUGGACAUUGUUAUCUGCAUCAUUGUGCUCUUCACUCUACUGCACAGCCUCUGGAACUUACUGCAUCUCCUCAGUUACACCAUUGUGUCCUCUCAGGUUUUUUUCCUGCUCACCUGUAUCCAUAGCAGCAUGAAACCCUUCAUCUACUUCUUGGUGGGAAGGUGCUGGAGGCCCUGCUCCAUGGGGUCUCUCUGGCUCUCCCUCCAGAGAGUCUUUGAGGAGCCAAAAGAAAACACUACCCACAGCAAUGAUCCUGCCAUGGACACAGUGCUCUGAGUCUGUUGAUUCCUCCUGCUGCACUGCUGAGGGACCCUGGGACAGUGGCUGAUGGAUUCCUUGAGUCACCUGAAUAAUAAACAUCUAAAGUGUCACCCUCCCUGUGCUGGUGCAUCCCCCACCCCCUUUCCAGGCCGCACUGGGCUCUGAUUCGUGCUUGGGAGGCCUCAGCCUUGAGGAGCAGCCCCUGGGCUCAGCUCCUCUGGCACUGAUCAGAAACACCCUCUGCUCCCAGGAACUGCUGCUGGCCAACGACCCCCUGGGCUUUUAUCAACAGCUUUGGGAAUUAUUUCACUUCCCUGAAUGCCACACCAUCCCUGCUCCCACACUUUCAUAGAAAGUUGCCUGCCCAAAGUGUGGCCAGGGUGAAACAUUGCUGUGGCUGAAGACCAUCCCUUGGGGCCCUGUAAGCAGCGGUCCAAAAGGAGACCCUUGGAGCUCUCCUGGGCCCAGCAGCGCUGACCAGAAGCUCCCUGGCAGUGGGGCCUCUCCGAGCUGGGAUCUCUCCCGUCUGCUGCCCUCGGGUGAUGCCCCAACGCCGACGGCUCCUGGGCCGAUCCCCCAGCGCUCGAGGCCCAAGCCUUGGCACAGUGAGGAGAUGCAAACGGAUCCGCAGUGAGCAUUUCACUGCCUCCCAGGGGAAUUUCUCACAGGCACCUUGUACUGACUCUUUCUCUCUGUGUGCACACACCUGUGCAUCUGCUCUGGCAAAUGUGGGGGAGAUGCUGCUCUCUCAGGUUUUCCAGUACCUGAGACAUCUGAGUGAGUCAGGCCUGGAAGCAAGGUUAAGGCAUGAGAUACCAUUGCAGCUAAAUGCAGUUCAUGUUAUUUCCUUGCUAAAUGGUUAAUUUUGAGGUACAAAAGCAGGAAUGGCUGGGAGAAGCAGAGACACUGCUCAUGGUCCCAGGUGGAGCAGGGCAGGAGUGGGGCUGUCGUAGGGGAAAAGGCAGCCCUGGGGAGGGUCUGGGAGUUGUCAGAGGGGUCCAUAGUGGUCAGAGGGUUCUGGUAGGGUCUGGAGAAGUUUGGGAAGGGUCUGGAUACUGCUGAUCCCAAAUGUCCGGGCAGCAGAGCCUAAUGGGCAGCGCUUCAAGGCAGGGAGUGGC